AUGACAUGGUGGUUGCGGCUCCUGCUAGGGAUGUGGACAGUCACGCCUACCUGGACUGGGGACAAGCUGCUCAAUGUGUGCAUGAACACUAAACACCACAAGAGAGAGCCCAGCCCAGAAGACAAGCUCUACGAGGAGUGCAUCCCCUGGAAGGACAAUGCCUGCUGCACCGCCAGCACGAGCUGGGAGGCCCACCUAGAAGAGUCCCUGCUCUACAACUUCAGCUUGACUCACUGUGGGCUUCUGACCCCCAGCUGUCAGAAACACUUCAUCCAGGCCUUCUGCUUCUAUGAGUGCUCCCCAAACCUGGGGCCUUGGAUCCGGCAGGUUGACCCUCGUGGGCAGGGACAGCGCAUUGUGGGCGUGCCGCUGUGCCGGGAGGAUUGUGAGCAGUGGUGGGCCGACUGCCGCUCAUCAUACACAUGCAAAUCCAACUGGCAGGGUGGCUGGGAUUGGAGUCGGGGGAAGAACCGCUGCCCUGCAGGGGCUCACUGCCUCCCUUUCCCUGAUUACUUCCCCACCCCGGCUGACCUGUGUGAGAAGAUUUGGAGCAAUUCCUACAAGGCAAGCCCUGAACGCCGCGGCAGUGGACGGUGUAUCCAGAAGUGGUUUGAGCCCGCCGGCGGCAACCCCAAUGUGGCUGUGGCCCACCUCUUUGCAAAAGACCCAACGUCAGGAUGA